GUCUAUGAUUCAGCAGAUCCCCAAUUUCGCGCCCUCAUCGAACGCUAUCGCCACACCACAUUUUCUGCUGCCAAUGCCUUGAACUGGAUCGACGAAGACCAAUUCUUAGCUUGGCUCUUGAAACAGCACCAGUCUGAUCGUCGGACUAGCCGUUCCUUGUCCUUGACGCCCUCUGCUUCUGGUGCUUCUGGUGUUUCCUCGCGUUGUUCGACUCCCUCGACACCCAAAUCCAGCACAGCUGCUACACCUUCCUCAUCUCUCUCACGUCUUGCUUCAUCCUCGGCUCGUCUGCUCCUUACACCUCUGCCAUCUGUACUGUCCUCUCUUGCAGAAGCUGAUGAGGCAGAGGAUUCUGACAAUCCUCGUCCUAGCACGGAUCCUGAAGAGAAGGUCGAUGCCAAGCCCAAUGUCAAUCACAAGAGGAGUCGUGGCUCUGACGUCUCAGUCAUCGAACUCUCAGACUCGGACUCGGAGUCUACGCCAACAGCAAAGCAGAAGGCUCAUCAGUCGUCUUCUCGCAAAGGGAAAAAGAAGGCUAGGACUGACGGGCGUGUUCAGAUCACCGCCCUGACUAGUUGCUCGAAGCUUGUUCGCUUGACCACGCCUCCAUCAUGCUGGACUGUUCCGGAUCCUAGUUUGCCUGAGGGCGACUUUGCUUUCUUUCUUGACUUGACGGAUCAUCCCUUCCCGUGGCCCGAAGGAACUUCAAUGGCAUCGAUAAUCAAAGGCGAGGACCAAGAUGCUUGGGGAGGUGGAACAGCCGGAUCUGACAACAAGCUGACAAAAGUCUUCUUUGGAGAGGACGAUGCAGAGGGUACGAUGUGUCGACGUGCUGAGCAUCAUUGCCAAGGCGUCCGACACUGCAACCAACUCGACAUGUCCUUGCUUAACGACUGUCAGCGUUACAUUCCUGACCCUGCGGAGCGUAAACGACUCGUGGACGCAGAACGGGCUCUCGAUGGUGCCACAUCGAAUGAGGCCCUCGCUUUCAGUUGGUAUCAAAAGGCUCUUGAGAGGCCCUGUUCAUAUGUCAAUGAUGCGGUACUUCGCAUCUUGCCUGAGCGAAGUCUUGAUGGGAAGAAACACUUCUGCGGGUGUGAGCAUGUUCGGAAGGGGGAUCCCCACGCUCGCUCUCACCGAUUCAUUGCGAUCCCAGCCUCUAUUGAUGAGAAGGUCAUCAUCGACCUAUUCAAGAACCGGGGGCGCCUUUCAUCCGAUAUUCCCCAUAUCGACGGGGAUGGAGCGGUUGUUCAAGGCAAGAUUAUCUCACGUAAGUGUCCGACGAAGCUCAUCAUCUGGUACUCCGGGCGGCGGGCCAUCGUUCUACUCAAGAGAGCGCACAACCAUCCGAUGCCGUUGGAUACGAAGAUUACCGUUGAGGCAAAGCAGCUCUAUCGAGAGGCUACAGUGAUGGUAGGGCAUGGCGGAUCGACUAUGCAGAAGGUUGAUGCGGCUCCGAGUACUCGUCAGACCUUUGGAGGAGUCACGCCUGCCCAGAAGUACCCUGCUCUAGCGAACAGUCGCCACAAACGGACUAUUAUUCACAAUCUUCGCAAGGAGAAUCAACCCGUCGGAUCAGAGAUGGCCGGUGUUAUGGCUCGUCAGGUCGAGCAGCAACAGCUACCUCACGAACAGCAGUAUGUCUUCUCCAUAUACACUGGCAAUGGUCUCAACAUCAUCGUCACUAUGCUCCCCGGGCUCGCAAUGUAUUAUCACGAAGCGAAAGCGUCCUUCCAUGAUAAUACAUACAAGCGUACACGGGGACAGUGGAAGGAGUGGGAGGUCGUUGUGUGGGUCCAACGACUGAACAUGCGUCUUACUAUCGCUCGUGUUUACUGUGAACACGAAACCCGGCAAGCAUUUCGACAAAUGUGGCUUAGCCUUUGGGAUGCCAUCGAGCAAGCGACUCUACAGCCAGUAAGGUUCAAGUUCAUGCACGGGUCUGGUCUUCUCGCAAUUGUGGUGGAUGGAGAUAGGGCACAAGUUGAUGGCUGUGGUGAUGCGCUGCUUGUUCGAAAUGCAUCAUGCCCCACCAGCUCCAUAACUGUGCGCGAUCCCCAGAUGAUUGUGCAGUGGGUUGUGAAGACAUGUUCCGUUCAUCUUGACAGGAACUUUACCUCGCUUGCGGCACACUGUGAUAGAGAGAUAAUGAAACGUGUGCGUGGAUAUUGGGCGCAAGAUAAACAAUCAAAACCGUGGUUUCUUCCGUGCAUCAACAAAUUCUUCACGAAGAUGAACGAAGAAGAUUGGCUCGCUACACCAUGUGAUACUAACAUUAAUGAAAGCUCUCACCCGCACACGAACGCUCACACGGGUAUUGGGUUGUCUAUACUAUCAUCUAUUGACUCGGCAUAUGUUCUCGAUAGAGCGAUGGAAGAGAAGGUUACCCUUGCCGAACAGAGUGGGAUUCUCCCUAAUCAUCUAAAUACUGCCUACCACCGUCUUCACAACAACCAGCUUCGAAAGGAUCGCCGGGCGAAAGCAGCUGCUGCUAGACGAGAGGCCGAGAAUGAAGUUGAAAGUAUUGAUGACUCCAUUCGAGACGCAGCUGCUCACCUGAAGGAUCUUCGAGAGCAGAAGAAGGCCGUCCAACAGCAGACCGGUGUCAAAGCCCCACGAAAGGUUACAGCCAGAACGAAAGACUCUUUUCUUGACCCGACGAAUUCCGAAGCCAUGCAAGUUGCAGAUACUUCAGCAAAUAUCUCGGUAACUAAAGAAAUUUCGUCUCAAUCCGCGGAUGCGCCUCACAAGACAUCGACCGUAGUUCCCGAAAGGCCCACUCAAUCCUCUCAUGCCUCUGCUGGACCCGUAGCAUCUUCUUCUGGUCAAGUAACACACCACCCGUAUCCUUAUGCUUAUGCUCCCUAUCCCUCAGCACCUAAUUAUCACCCUUACGCCUACAAUUCACCAUAUUAUACACCAUACAGCUACUAUAUUCCCGCUCCUGUUUACUCGGCCACCCCUCCCCAACCGCCACACUCUUCAACUUCGUAUUCGGGUCACGCUACAUCUACUUCUUCCACCCAGGAGAGCUGA